AGCCAAUAUGGUGAAACUAGGCAGUAACCUGGCGGAAAAGGUGACGAGACAGCCGUCGGUCGAGGACGGUUUCGACAACAUCCCCCUCAUCACUCCACUGGAGGUCGGACAGUUACAGCAGCCGUUCCCUGAUAAGGUGAUUGUGAAAACCACAACAGAGUAUCAGCUGAAGGAGAAGAAGAGGAAGAUGUAUGUGCCCAGCAUCAAGAAGCUAAACAUAAACCUUUAUGAUGAGAUGUCAGAGAAGCUCAAGCUGACUGGGUUGAUCAUUAUUACCUUGGCGUUCCUGGCGUGUCUGCUGCUGUUGGUCAUGUAUAAAGCGCUGUGGUACGAUCAGCUCGGCUGCCCCGAGGGCUUCGUUCUCCAGCACAGACACUGCACCCCGGCGGCUCUGGAGAUGUACUACCCUGAGCAGAGCUCCAGGGGCAGCUUGUACACCGCCAUCACCCACCUCAACCAGGCCAAGAAGAACAUCCCAGAGCUGUCCCCUCCCUGGCUCCCGGUCAUGAAGGACGACGUCAACCACCCCGAGAAGUAACUCUUUCAUUCAUCUGAAAGGGUUUGUGAGGACACAAUCCAGAAAUGUUCAUGGUGACGUCAAUCGGAAAGGGGUUUGUGUGUGUGUUUUGUGUUUAAUAUGUGGGGAAUAUGAUGCGAAUAACUAUUUAGAUUAACUGUGACGCACACAAAUGUCUGAAGUGAAGCCUGUGGGGGGUUCCCAGGUUUCUACUUUCUCAGUCUUUUGCAAUACAAAUGCUUUCAGCCACUCCGACUUCUACUCCCGAUGCUCCAUACCCGUUUAGAAGAAAUCUAGGAUGAUCCGUUUUAAAUGUCACUGCGCCACGUUUUCCGAUGGCACGUCUCAUUGUAGGUUUAGUCGUGCUGCUUGUAAUUCUGCGACGUGUUAGGCGUUAGUUCUCGCUUAUGGUUUCAUUUGGAGUCAUUUAGAUUAGUGUAAUGAACUGUGCAUUGGCUGUGAAUCGUGCUCUAAUGAACUGCAGUGCAUCUGAGAAACAAGUGCAUUGGCAAGAAAAAGCAUUCCAAAAACUCCGAUCUUUUUCCCUAAAAUCAACUCGAACUACUGAUUGUUGUCUUCAAGCAAUGUGUCUUUGAUUUAGAAGAGAAUAGUGACUUACACUGGAGUUUUGGUUUCUUUUUUGUACAUUUUACUAAAUGAGAUCUGACUUUUGAUCGUGAGGACGAAAUGAUUGGUGCAAACGGUAGAUUUUAUACACACUUGCAUGCUUGCCUUGUUCCAUCCUAGAAUUUGAAAAAUGAAUGUAAAUUGGAAUAAUGGUAAACAACCAUUUUUAGGUCUUAAAAAAUUGUAAAAUGUUUCUGUUUGUUUGUGUGCUGAAACAUUUACACACUAAGCACCAGCAGCUAUUUAAAUGUUUAAUUAAUGUUAUACGUUUUCAAGAGAAAGUUCAAGAAUGUGAUCACGCCUCAUGAAUGUAUAAACUUAGAAUAUGUUUCCCCCUUUGUUCACUUAUUGUGCUUUAUAUUUAUCUAUGGUGAUCUGUAUUAUUUUUUUCAAUGGCUGUAAACAUGUAAAGUUCUAAUGUGUAUUUAUUUAUGUAUUUAUCUUAGUCAUUUGCAGGAGAGAUGAAUUGGGGUUCUUGUAAGGGUCCGCAGAUGAAAUCAUAAACCCUGCAGUAUUACUCAUUUCUGUGUGCGACAAAAAUUCAUCCAUCCUCAAUGGAUAAUAACAGAAUAAAGGUUUCAGUAUUCACCA